GGAAGGGGGCAGGGUUGGCGCUUUUCCUUUGCCUGUUUGACCAUCACAAUUUGCUGAAUCACACAAACUCUACCGCAUCGUCAAAACUUUGAAGACAGAUCGCAGUGGAUUUCAGUCCGUGGAUACACAGCGCGACAUUUCCCCGCCGUCAGCUAAAGAAGGUGUCCCCUUCCGCACUACUCUUCAUGGCGAAAAGACCGUUCUUUUUCACUUCUGCCUUCUGUCACCUACGGGACCACCGCUCGCGAGCCACACGCUUUUAAAAGUUUGCCUUUCGUGUGAAUGUACAGGACUCAUCUGAGAAAUGAAGCUCAGCAGACAGUUCACAGUUUUUGGCAGUGCCAUAUUCUGUGUUGUGGUAUUUUCCUUGUACCUGAUGUUGGAUCACAUAGAUCAUAGCAAAAACCCAAAUGGAGAGAGAAUUCAAAAUGGUCAGCUUGGUAUUCUGCAGGACAAAAUAGACCACUUAGAAAGACUACUUGCAGAGAACAAUGAGAUCAUUGGCAACAUCAGGGACUCCGUAAUUAACCUGAGGGAAACUGUGAAAGAUGGGAAAAUGUUUCCUGAAGGGAACAUGAGUCAGGGGGACUUGGAAUUGCUGCCCCCUGCUCCUGCGCUGCUCCCCAUCCACUCAGAGGACUGCCAGUUUGCAGCACGGACCUACUCCAAGGCAGCGGAUGGAGUACAGGUACAAAAAAAAAAGAAAAGAUUAGGUUAAGAUUAGGUGGACCAAUUGAUUG